UCGGCCAUUCGGCAAUGGGCGGUUGCGUGGGGAAGGAUUCCAUUCGUCAUUGAUCUGUUUGUAGCGCGUCGGUGCCACGACGAGAAUGCGGUCGGUGCUUUGCCACUGGGAAACGAAAAACGCCGCGGAACAUCGGAGUGAGCAAGUGCGCGGCUGAAACCAACGGAGUCGCUGAAGUUUCUGUGAUCACGUCAAAAUUUGUCAACGGGCAAAUACGCCGCAGCAAAGUAAAAUACAAACAUGGCCGUCAGAGAAGAGAAAAUAUGCACGCUCGCCGCCGCAUUUCUGGCGUUUCUGGUUGCCGUUUGUCGAGCCAGCGCUCCGAUGGACAUCAAAAUGGACGAGAAGGCCCACAGCAUUCACAGGGUUGAUACGGUGAACAUCCUGGUCUACACUUUUCUACUCAUCCUCACGGUGUGCAUCAUUUGGCUGUUCAAGCGACGCCGUGCCCGGUUUCUCCAUGAAACUGGACUAGCGAUCAUAUUUGGUCUCAUGGUCGGAGCAAUAGUGCGAUAUGCAAGUGAGGAGACUGAAAUGUCACAUGUGCGUGUGGUGCCCGUUCAGGGCAGCAACUACAGCGAUGCCGUCCCGCCAGACAAUGUGUUUGUUUUGUUGGAGGUUGCCAAGAGUGACAUAGGGCACAAGGAGAACAAGACCUAUGCGUACACCUUCCAAGGCGAGGUCACCGAUGUUGAGAGUAAAAAACUGAACCAGAAAGCAACCUUUGAUCCAGAGAUAUUUUUCAACAUUAUCCUACCACCUAUUAUAUUUAAUGCUGGGUACAGCUUGAAGAGGAAAUUCUUCUUCAGGAACUUAGGCACGAUCAUGACCUAUGCCUUUGUAGGAACAACAAUAUCCUGCUUUGUUGUUGGGGUGAUCAUGUACGCAUUCCUAAUGUUCAUGCCACAUUUGGAGUUCACUUUCAACAACUGUCUCUAUUUUGGUGCCAUCAUCUCUGCUACUGACCCUGUGACAGUAUUAGCCAUUUUCCAUGACCUUCACGUUGAUGUGAACCUCUAUGCUCUAGUUUUUGGGGAGAGCAUUUUAAAUGAUGCUGUGGCCAUUGGCUUAGUUUCAGCAAUUUCUAGCUAUGAAGAGAACAAUAACGAAGGAAAGGAGUUUGAAGUGGCUGCAGCAUUCAAGGCAUUUGGGAAUUUUGUCUACAUUUUCCUCUGCUCAUUCAUGAUCGGCUCUGUGACUGGAUGUGUCACAGCACUCAUCACCAAGUUCACAAAACUGUGCGACUUCCCACUGCUGGAGAGCUGCCUGUUCGUACUCAUGUCCUACACUUCUUUCCUCAUUGCUGAAGCGCUUGACCUUACAGGUAUUGUGGCUGUAUUGUUUUGCGGAAUCUGUCAAGCCCACUAUACCUACAACAACCUAUCAGUAGAAUCUCGGUUGCGGACAAAACAGCUCUUUGAAUUACUAAAUUUUCUAGCAGAAAAUUUUAUAUUCAGCUACAUUGGUGUCUCCAUGUUCACAUACAAGAAACACAGAUGGGACGCCGGCUUCAUCAUGGUUGCCUUCCUAGCAAUAGCAGCUGGGAGAGCACUGUACAUCUACCCACUGACGUUCCUGCUGAACCUGGGGAGAACGCACAAGAUCCCUGGUUCUUUUCAGCAUGUGCUUUUCUUUUCAGGUCUGCGUGGUGCAAUGGCAUUUGCACUGGCCAUUCGAAACACUCUCUCUGAACAGAGGCACUUGAUGCUCACAGCCACCUCGCUCAUAGCCAUUGUGACAGUGAUAGUCUGCGGUGGCUUCACUACACAGCUCCUGGCAUGGCUGAGCAUACCGGUGGGAAUCGAAGAGGAGCAUGAAAUGCUUCAGUUCACUGGUAUCAGGCCUGCUGGCCAGGUGCAAACACCACCAGAAUUGCAGAGCCCACCACCACAGCCAGAAUCAAGGACUCCCUAUGAAAAGGCUUGGCUAGUGCGCAAGUGGUACAACUUUGAUGUCAAAUUCAUGAAGCCCCUGCUGACGCACAGCCGUCCGACGCUGCUGGACACGCUGCCCCAGUGCUGCCUACCCUUGGCCCAUGUGCUCACCUCUACGGAGCAGCUGAUGCAGGAGGACAUUCGACCCCGAGACGACGACUCAGACACAGACCUGUGCCUGGACGAGAGCGACUUUCACUUGCCCGAACGCAACAGCGCCUCCUUUCGGGGAUCCCUGUCCCGGGUAAACUCAGCUCUUGCUCCCCAAGUGUUUGUCAUUGAGAAACAACCCUCACAGCAGCCCAUCCCAGCUGAAGCCUGUAGGGCCGACCCUCCCACUGCUCCCCAGUUUUUCUCAUCUCUGUCGCUUGGGUCUCUGUGAUAGAAAAGUGUCUUGAUGUGAUGCUUCUUGCUGAUGCCCUACCCCCUCCACAAAGCACACCCUGUGUUGUACCAGUCGACGUCAUCGCAGGUCUCAAUGCAUCCGCAGGCGCAGAAGUUCCUGCUGCAAAGUUUUGGCAGCUCUUAGAAUAGACUGUGUGCUCAGUCAUGUGUUUGCUUGCCUUCCCAUACAGCAGCCCUAUUUCCAGCCAAUGCUGUUGCAACUAGAUCACUGUGUUGCUGUUGGCUCAUUUUACAUCCUGGCUUGGGGGCCUGUUGCUUUGAGCACUUUUUUUUCUUACGAUCUCUUUUUACCUUCCUUCUGAGACAUACUACCAUGUUUCUUAAUUAAAAGUUCAAAGUGUAGCUGCUCAUUUAAAAUCUGCAAACGAGCCCUAUUUUGGCUUUGAGGAGGCUUUUUAUCUAGACACAACGAAAGAGAACCUUAUUCACCUGGUAAUUUAGAACUUUCACAACAGUAUUAAAGUACAGCUGAAUUUCGAUUACAUUCAUCUAAGUGAUAGUUUUCUGUAGUGAAUGUUGAAAUACUGGUAUUUAGAAGAUCUAGUUUCCACUUAUGAUGAGGUUGUUUGACUAAUAGUCCCUGCCUGUCCUUUCAUGAAACUGUGAUAAUUAUUGCAUACCUCAAUUUUUUCUUGCAUCGUAAGCACAUCUUGUUGCAGGAAGCAGAGCUGCAUUUUUCUCUCGAAUGAUGGGUUGUGGACUCGGUUUCAGACAAAAGUGUUCAUUUUUAAUUGAGCCUGAAAGGAGUUAUCAAAACAGUUGAACCAUUCCUCCUUGUUAAUGCAUCUGAACCUGUGCAAAACUUGUUUGGGGUAGUGAUGUGAUAAAGUUAGGGGCGUUAUCAUGGAGAUUCAAUAAAGCGUACUGUGUUGCGCACACUAUUGAACCAUUGUGCUAUAUAUCGCAGCCUUUUCUAGUGUUCACUAAGUACAACUAGCACAAAAUGAGACAAAUACGGUUUAGCUGACCUUGUAUCGGUAUACACCAUUUAGCAUUACUUUGCAUAGUGCAUUCAAUAUCGGCUAUCCUUAUACGUGUGACGUCUACAGAACAUCUAAAGUACAAUAGAUUUCAAAGGCGCAACUUACAUUAAUUAUGUAGGCACAAUAUUUCAACCUGGGAUGUUAAUUCUGAAGCCAUAGAAACCAACAUGUUCUCAGACACAAGAAGUUUGUCCUUAUUAUGCCCAGCUUUCUUUUUUUUUAAUAUGCUGUGGUUGUCGAAAGAGUGCGAAUUGCAUUAAAUUGUGUACCUUGAGGUAGGUGACUAAGAUUGUAUGUACUGAGCCUGAAGCUUGCAUUUGAAAUGCUUGAAACAAGUCUUAACCGGCUUGAUCUUAGCAGGAUUUUAAAGAUGUUUUUUGUGUUAUUGUAUCUAGGUCUCUCAGUCAGCCGUUGUUGGUGCCUUGAAGUGUGCAUGUUUUGUCAUCUUUAUUUUUCGUAUUGCAGCAAUAAAGCCUUGCUAUUUUGUAUCA